AUGGUGGAAGGAAGCGCUACAAGCAUUGACCCACGGUUCGCAGAGCUGUGUAUGGCUUGCAGAGUAGGUGACAUCGAGAAUGCCGACCGGCUAAUAUCUACUGGGAUUAAUAUUAAUAGCGUUGAUGAGUACGACAACUCGCCGUUAUUUUUGGCUAGUCUGUGUGGCCAUGAGGAAGUCGUUAAGUUGUUGCUGGAGAGAGGGGCUGCAUGUGACAGAGAUAAAUUUGAAGGUGCACGGUGCAUCUAUGGUGCUUUGACCGAUUCUAUAAGAGAUAUAUUACUGAGCCAUGAUAUAUCUAAGGCUGUUGACUUAAACCAGCCGUUUGCCACUCAUAUAUCUUCCUUAAUCAGGGAUUUUUGGUUCUUUAUGACAUUUGAUCUAACUAUUGAUUUCUCGAAAGAAGAUAUCAACUUUAAAGCACACAAGUUUUUACUAAAUAUAUUAUGCCCCGAGUUUUUUGAUUCAAACUGGCUUUGUGAUAAUGACUCCAUAGAUUUGAGCUCUGUAACAGAUUCUGCUACUUUUGAAUAUUUUCUUGGUUAUGCAUACCUGUUACCAGCCGUACAUAAACUGUCACACCGAGACUAUGACGAACUAAUAAAAUUCUCUGAAGUUACAAAACUACAUAUAUUAACUGAGUUUUUACACCAAUCAAGAACCACAUAUGAUGCAGCCGAAAAGUCAACAUUAGUAAUGGACUUUCAGUUCAAGUUUAGAGAAUAUCUUAGAGAAGCACUGAAGGUAUUUGUAGAGGAUAAGAUUAUUAAUAAUUAUGAGGAGAAUCUCAAUAAUAUAACUAAUAAAUGUUUAGCAUUUCAUGACAUAUAUUUGCGAGUUCAGAAUCAUGAUACACAGGUCAGAUAUUAUCCAUGCCACUUGGCUAUUUUAGAGAGAGCACCGUUAUUUCAGCUAGUUUUUAACUCCAAUUUUAGGGAAAAAUCUGUUUAUAUAUCAAAAUCAGAAUACAAUGAUUCGAUAACUGUCAAUUUUCCUAAUUGCGACUUCAAUGUAGUCGAGAUCAUACUAAGAUACUUAUACUACGAUUGUCCAGAAAUACCGAUUGAAUAUGCUGCAGAAACGGUAGUCAUGGCUGAUAUAUUAUUGGAGGACCGUCUUAAAGCGAUAGCAACCGCAAAUCUGGUAAAAUCAAAAUCUGUUUUCGACUACUAUUCUGUUUUUGAUAUACUAAAGUUGGGAUGGGAAAUGAGAUCAGAGAAAUUAGAACACUUUGCAGCUAAGGAGAUCGCAGAAAAUUUGUUUAAAUAUGAGGAAGAUCAAAACUUGAAACAAGCAAUACUGGAGAGUUCACAAAGAAUAUCAGCUAGACAAGAGACCGAUACUAUUGAAUUGGUAGAUGAUAUCAGAUAUUAUUUGGUUUCUUCAUUCGUUACCAAUGUAAAUAGUGAUAUUGUCGAGGAAGAGGAUUAUGAGAAUAUUGAGUAUCAGAAACGGAUUGCUGUAGUGAACAAAAUUUUACGACAAUUAAAUAUAGACGCAUAA